ACCGUCAGGCAGUUCAUGGCGGACUGCCGGCCCGAGCCCGCGCGCGCCGACCCGGCCCGCGCCGCCAGCCAAUCGGAGGAGGCCUCUCCCCCACGCGCCGCAGCGCUAGCCAAUCGCGAAAGGGUCCGCACGGCCGCGCGGGAGCGCUGCCCAAUGGGGGUCAAGGGCGCCAAAAUUUUUAUUUUUCUCUGCCCGCCGGCUCCGCCCCCGGGUCCCCAGAGGCCAAUGGGAGGCGGCCCCGCCCCCGAGCUCAGGCCUCACCUCCACAGUCUGGCCCCGCCCCCGAGCUCGGGCCUCGCCUCCGGGACGGCCAAUGGGAGCGCGCCCCGCCCACCCUCCGCCCAGGCCCCGCCCCUCGGCGGCAGGCGGCCCGGGAGCGACACCGGGAGAGGUACCGGGAACAGCACCGGGAACGGCACCGGGAACGGCACCGGGAGCGACACCGGGAGCGGCACCACCGGGAGCGACACCGGGAACGGCACCGGGAGAGGCACCGGGAACGGCACCACCGGGAGCGACACCGGGAACGGCACCGGGAGAGGCACCGGGAACGGCACCACCGGGAGCGGCACCGGGAGAGGCACCGGGAGAGGUACCGUGAACGGCACCGGGAGCGACACCGGGAACGGCACCGGGAACGGCACCGGGAACGGCACCACCGGGAGCGGCACCACCGGGAACGGCACCGGGAGCGGCACCGGGGGGCGACACCGGGGGCGACACCGGGAGCGACACCGGGAUCGGCACGGGAGCGGCCCCACGAUGGGCGGGUGGCGCGAUAUGUCCGCGGAGGCGCUGGAGGACCAUUACUCUCCCAGCCGCUGGUCCCCCCGCCUGCACCGGGACACCAUCAUCGACGCGCACCUCGCGGUGACGGCGGCAGGAACCGAGCGGGCCCGGGCCAGCGCGCAGACCUCGCUGCACGUGCCCUACGGCGACGGGGACGGCGAGAAGCUGGACAUCUAUUUUCCCUCGGAGCCUGCUGAAACCUUCCCGGCUCUGGUCUACAUCCACGGCGGGUACUGGCAGUGCAUGAGUCCCCAGCUGGCCCUGCAGCCCGUCAGCAUCUCUGUCCCCAGCAAGGACGAUUCGGGGUUCGCAGCCCCCCCGCUGGUGUCGCAGGGCGUGGCAGUGGUGGCCGUGGGGUACGACAUAGCCCCUAAAGGCCACAUGGACGCCAUGGUGCUGCAGGUGCGCCGCAGCCUCGUCUUCCUGGCGGAGCGCUACCCCAGGAUCAGAGGCAUUUACCUGUGCGGGCACUCGGCAGGGGCCCACCUGGCGGCCAUGGUGCUGUCCACAGACUGGACGGAAUUCCACGUGGUGCCAGAUAUCAAAGGAGCGGUGCUGGUGAGCGGCCUGUAUGACCUGGAGCCCCUCCUGCACACCUACGUGAACGACGCCCUGAACAUGAGCCGGGACGUGGCCCAGAGGAACAGCCCCAUGAGACAUGUCACCGCGGCAGCGCCCGCAGCCUGCCAGGUGCUCGUGGCCGUGGCCCAGCACGACUCCCCAGAGUUCCGCAGGCAGUCGCAGGAGUACAGCCAGGCCCUGCGUGCAGCCGGCUGGUCCGUGUCUCUGCUGGAUCUGGCUGGUGUGGAUCACUUUGAUGUCAUCGAGAGGCUCUCGGAGGACAGCUACGUCCUCACUCAGGUGAUUCUGAACAUGAUUUCGAGAGCAUGAUGGCACCUCAGGAGCAAACGGAUGGGGAACGUGGCCCUGUGUGGUGGCAGUGGGCAUGUGGCACCCCUCUGCCUGCUGUCUCCUUGGUCUAACACUGUCUCAGACCCACGCUGUCCCUGUCUGCUGAGCCCAGCCUGGGCUGGUGCCCCUUCCCUGCGGUGCUCGUGCCCGCUGCAGCGCAGGGGACUGAGGGCUGCAAGGCUCUGGGCAGCUGGAUCAUGGCAAUACAAAAUAAAAUGGGAAUUACUGCUGCCUGGGGUAGAGCCUCCCAGGGAGCCAGUGAGUGCACACCCGAGGCAACUGCUGC